AGACACGAUUUUUGCAACUACUUAACAAGCAUAUGAAAGUUUAACCGGUUGUGUUACCCCCCCAUUGAAGACUUAUUAUUAUUUUUUUUUCAUUGUUAUUUCGGUCUCUUGUGCUGCAACAUGCCGUUUCUGGGACAGGACUGGCGCUCUCCUGGUCAGAGCUGGGUUAAAACCGAGGACGGCUGGAAAAGAACGACAAAAGACGAAAACGAGACGAAUAACAAUGUUUCCAAAAGCCAUGAAAGCAACCAAGAGGACUAUAACAAAGAAAAUCUGCUCCUUUCUAUUAAUUACGAUGUGGCCUCAAAGAAGAGAAAGAAGGAUUUGCUGAACAAAAACAGCAAGGUUCCAUAUUUCCACAAAGACAAGUGGAUUUAUGUGCACAAAGGGAGCACCAAAGAGCGUCAUGGCUACUGUACUUUGGGAGAAGCUUUUAAUCGCCUGGAUUUCUGCAGUGCCAUCAAGGACACCAGACGAUUUAAUUAUGUUGUGAGGCUGCUUGAGCUGAUUGCCAAGUCGCAGCUACCGUCUCUGAGCGGAGUGGCGCAGAAGAACUACAUGAACAUUCUGGAGCGAGUGGUGCAGAAAGUUCUGGAAGAUCAACAGAAUGUGAGGCCCAUCAAAGAGCUGCUGCAGACGCUGUAUGUGUCACUUUGCAGUCUGGUGCAGGACAUGGGCAAGUCAGUGCUGGUGGGAAACAUUAAUAUCUGGGUGUACCGCAUGGAAAACAUCCUGCAGUGGCAGCAGCAGCUGGACAACAUUCAGAUUAACAGGCCCACAAGCACCGGGAUGACGCUCCUGGACUUACCCAUCAGUCUCCAGUUGAACAUCAUGCAGCGGCUCUCGGACGGGCGGGACCUGGUCAGUCUGGGGCAGGUGUGUCCUGACCUCGGUCUACUGACUGAGGACAGGCUGCUGUGGAAGAACCUCUGCCAUUACCACUUCACAGACCGACAGAUUCGCAAACGACUCAUGGUAUCGGAUAAAGGACAACUCGAGUGGAAAAAGAUGUACUUUAAGCUGUGUCGUUGCUACCCUCAUAAGGAGCAGUACAGCGACACCCUGCAAUUCUGCACACAUUGCCACAUCCUGUUCUGGAAGGAUACAAACCAUCCCUGCACAGCCAACAAUCCAGAGAGCUGCAGCAUUUCUGUUUCUCCACAAGGUUUCAUCAACCUCUUUAAGUUCUGAAGAGACUUUUCUUGCUUUUCACUGUUUGUACAUAGUGUAUAUAAAGUCAGAAGUGCAAUAGAUUCCCAGAUGGCAUGAGUAAAGCAAGUCAACGUGAGGAAUUUGGAGUUUUGAAAUAAAAAGAAUCUGAUCUGUU